CAAAUUAACUUGAGAAAUAUUCAAACUUAAUCUUCAGUUGUUCGUUUGCCGUUGCUCGUGUGGACAAUUCGCCCGCUUUCUAAAUCGGAUCGUGCAUAUCGAUAUAUUUGUGCUACACAGGAUAUUAAUUAUCAAGUCGAGAGCCGUGUGUGCCACUCUCCCGACAUCACCUAAAGCAAGCAAAUAAACACUGUAAUCCAAUACGUAUGGGCAUUAGACUUAGUUCUGGGUGAUUAUUUACAGAAUCAAGUGAGAGUUUUUUCUCUACAAUUUAGAGUAAAUGAACAAAAUAGUGUUACGAGAACCAAAUAAGAAGUCUGUUGAUUACACAUCAACAGUUGUAGCCGAUUUUUCUUACAGUAAAAUUUAUAAUACGGCAAAUUGGUGUGGUAAUAUAAAAAUCGGAUGAUGAGAAGAAAAAAAAUGAAAAAUCAGACAUCGAAAUGUUAAAAGAAAAAUUGUGUGUAACUCGGUUAAAAAUAGCUUGAAGCUGCAGGAAUAUCAUUUUAAUGAAAGUGGAACACGAAUUUUGGUAUAGUUGGUGAAGUUAUUGAAUAAUUUUGGUAAAACGAGUUGUGCACGGAUAACUCCGGAUAACUAUUGAAGACAUCAACAACUAAGGAUGAUAUAAAGUCCAAAUGUUCAAAUGUAGAAUUGAAUAAACGAACACUGAACCGCAUCCAAUAAUAUCCAAUUUCUAUAAAGUAAGUAUAAAAAAUGGCAUUGGUAAUGUUGCCUUGCGAUUUACCAUGGUGGACUAACAUACAUAAGAAAUUAACGAAUCUCCAAGAGUGCACCGAACUGGAUGGAAUGUUAGACAUUAUGCAGAAGAUACAUGACUUGUGCAAUGUCAGCUUGGACCCGGACGAAGAUCGACGAGAUCCAACUUUAUUCGAUGGACUAAAAUCAUUUGUUACAAGUGAAAUGGACGCCUUUGAAAUGGAACAUUUCCUUUCUGUAACAAUAAAAAAUCUAGCCAAACGAGCACAAAGUCUUAAAAUGCAUCGGCCAGCUAGAGGCUUAGAGUUUAGCCUUCAACAGCAAGCUGAUUCCGUGGAAAUAAAUUACGAUUUAGUGGCAGCUUUAUUGGCCAAUGCAUUCUUUUCCACAUUUCCAAAACGAACUGAAAAAACGCAUCCAACUCUACAAGACUUCAAUUUUACACACUUUUUUAAAGCUUUACAAACCAACAGCCAAAAGGCAAAAUUUCGAAGUUUUUUGAAUUACUUCGAUUGGAUCGAAAAUGAUGUCAAUGAGCAAGAUGGUUUCAUUCGGAUUUCCAGACAAGUUAUGACUGGAAAGCAAUGGCUUACCAUUGAAGACUGGCUAGAAUGUGGGCUUCCAUUAUGUUCGCUUGAAGUGAAGCAUGAAGGUAAAAUUGAACGGAGUAAACAAGAAGUUGUUCAAACAGUAUUUGUUAGUCCCAGACUUGGAGGAAAUGUACUACACAGUGGUAGUUCACAGGAAUGCAUACAUUUCAGUACCUUUCCGGAGAUAUUAGCCACUCUUUUAUACGUAGAAGCACUGGAAGACAACGAAGCAAUUUUAAUAGAAAAUGCCCGGCAAUUGACUCGAAUUAUGGAUCCGAAAAACAAAUCCGUUUUAGAGACAUUGGAAUGUCCUCGAAAAGUUUCAUUAGUUUUAAUUGAUGCCGAAAACUAUUCCGAAUAUCCGAUUAGUCAAUUCGAAGAAGACAACGUACUCAGAGAAUUAAAUAAGUGCCUCCUAGCUUUUAGACAGAAAUCAAAGACUUCGAUAUUGGACAGUCGUGAUCGUAGAAGUGCAACGAAGGACCAUUCAAUGCAGAGAAAAUUUGGAUUAUCGCCGAUCGGAGAAAGUGGUACCAAUUCUCCAAAAGAUGUGUCAACAACGAUUGUUAUACGACAACCGUCUACUAGUACAAAAAGAUCAAGCUAUGAUUCGGAAAAACUUGGAAAUGACUUGGCUAGUCGUCGUUCGUACUUGUCGCCCGGUUCAUUUUGCGGAAACGGUGGAUCGGUAGUUUCUGGUCCGGUAGCAGCUAGUCAACGUAGAGGCAGAUUUAUAGUGCUUGGUUCGUCAGGAGAAUGUUUACCUGUGAGUAGACGAUUACUGCCGAACGAUAACAGUAGCGUUUACUCGAGUUGUGAUUCAGAGUCGGAAGAGUAUCACAGCGCAAAAGCUAGUUUUGAUAACGACAGCGACGACGACGAAGUUUAUGCAAAAAAGUAUUCAAAAGAGCUGAACACACCGGAAAAGCGAAAUACAUUUGCUCAAAAACUUCGAGCAGCUCUUAAACAAUCUGAUAAUUAUACGGACAGUACGGAUAGCAGUUAUGCCGUCGAUAUAAGCAUAUCAGGAUCGAAAGCUGGCGAUGAUGGAAUAAGAAUACGACGUGGUGGAUCUCGUGGUUUCAUGUUGACUGAAGACUCAAUGGACGAUGAUUUUUAUAUCAAUUCGCUAAUCCAAGAGAAAGAAUGGCUGGACAAAUUUCGCAAAAAAUUAAAUGCUUCACCCCAUAAACCAGAGACUAAUGCCUCAUCAAAAUAUAGUUUUAGCACGUCUGAGUUCAGUUCUGAUUUAGAGGAAUUGUAUGACCAAUUUGCCAAAUGGUUAGGUGAACCGAUUUUAAAAAAUAAUGUUAAGGAACUUGAUCCUAGGGAUGAGGCCGUUCUAAGUUUCGCUAACUCACUGCUAAAGCGCACGUUAAGCGAAAGUUUUGUCGGUAUGUCCCUAACGGAUGGUGUCAUAAAUGAGGAGUCACAUGGAGGUGAUAACGUAGUCCAAGAAACGAAAAAAACACGGCAAAUCAUGAGCUCCAGAUCAUUGUCUUUGGAGUUGGCGAAACACAAGCACCGAUUGGCCGCACAACUGAAAAUAAAACGCGAAUUGACCAAUUCAUCAAAAAAAGCCAAGAAAUUUCACCGAAACCAUUUGUAUUGGUCGAUAGAUCCGGUUCAGAGUCAACAGACAAUUAACUGUGAGGAUGUUGUCGUCAAGAUUUCCCAACUACACGGAACCGGUAAAAUUGGUUGCCGACCGGUUGCAACUGGAAAUUGGGGUUGUGGAAACAGUCUUAGAGGUGACGUUCAAUUAAAACUUGUCAUACAAUGGAUGGCAGCUAGUGUGUCUGGCAUCCCUGUAUUGAUAUACUACACGUCUGGUGAUGAGAAACUGACAAAGCUGGACACUGUGUGCAGAGUUUUGCUGGAUCGUAAAUGGACUGUUGGUGAAUUAGCAUCGGCGACUUUGGCUUAUGCUCAAGACUUAUUGGAUCAUCCAAAUGAUUCGCUCCUGAGAAAUCAAUGUUUCUUUGAAAAAUUGAUUGGAAUUUAAAUGUUAAACGGCUGUUCAUGUUCAUCCGUUAUCGACGAUGACUACGAGUAAAUAAGCGAUGAGUCAUGACUUAGUGUACUGUUAAUAUGACAAUGGAGACAAUCCCGUUACAACCCAAUGCACCCGUUUGUAUAGGUUGAAGUAAAAGCUUCAACAAGAAAGAAAGAAAAAGUGGUGUGGUAUCAAUUUUUGUGAAUAAAUGUGUUUAACAGAUUCGUGUAAUCAGACUCGAUUUGAGAAUAAUUAAGAAUUCUUAAAUAUUCCGGGAAAAAUUCUUUGAGACUUUUGAAAAUAAUACACAAAUUUGGGCGUCUGAUUCUUAAGUAAUUUUUUGGUAAAUAUUCAAUAAUCGUGAUUUAGACUUAGUUUCCCAAAAUGAUUCGAUUUUUUUUAUGUCUUCCUCUUAUUGACGCAAGUUUAUGGCGUAUGUGUGUUACGUUUUAUCUUUUGAAAAUCUGAAACUUUAUAUUAUACAAAGAAAUAAAAAACUUUUCACCAAAAUUUUAUUCGUAAGGUCUAUCUCUAACUUUUAUAAAAAAAAGGUAUUUUAUUGCCUGCCCCAUGCGAAAAUUGACUAUUACACGGCUGUUUACCAUCUGCGAAAGUGAUCCAUUACACUAGGGAUAUUUGGGGUUUAUUUCAAGUUGACAGUUCUUUCAAGUAAAAUUUGCCUUGCUUUCAUUUUAUCUUUUUUGUUGAAUGAAUCGAUCGAUCGAAAAAGAAUAUAAGAAGUGUCGGUAAAAUAAAAAAAUUUUGGUAAAAAUAUUGAUCGAUGAACACAGUUAUUUGAGAAAAACUUGUUGCGCAAGAAUUCGCAACACACAGAAUUGUCGGCCAUAUUUAUUGUAACAAUAAUUUUGAUGUUCCGAAGUAACACUUUAUGGCCACACAUUUCAUUGUAUUUUUCACUUGUAACACUAAAUGCUUUUGCUUAUAGUACAAACACUGCGCUUUGUUGCACAUUUUUUUGAAAACCUUAAAAAGGACUAACAAAAUAAUUGCACAAACAAUGCGUCUUCAUCGAUACUAACUGCGAAAAACUAUUCAAUGUCAACAUGUCACCAACGCAAUUGUAACCACUGUUGCGACAAUACUAAUGUAACACGAGUGCUGUUUUCGGGAUCAAUUUUUUAGGAGACGUGUAGCGUGUGAGCCGAUUUCGUCAGUACACUAGAUUUGUUUGUAAACGUUUUAUCGGAAGAACAUAUUUAUUUUUGUUUUGUUGGUUUAUUGAGAUACUUAAUUUACGUACACUGAUAAAAAAGAUUUUGGCGGUGUACUUCGGAUAUGUAUGAUAUACUUCUGUUAUGCAUAGUAUGCGUCGGGUAUGUAUGGCAAACCUGUCGUAUGUAAGUUUACGUACGAUAUGUGUGCCAUACAUCUCACGCGUGUAGUCGACGUAGGACAUGUGUAAAAUUUUGGUAUGUGUAACUUCAUCGCAAAAUUACCUCAUACGCCCAACACGUUUGAGAAAAGCACACGUUUAGGAUGUUUGUAUACGCAUGGUAAGUAUGAUGUCAAAAGAUCGUACUUGUUGUGCGUUAACAUUCGUACACUGUGCAUUUUAUAUUAAUAGCAACUAUGUCAAGUCCUUUACGUACAUGAGAUGAAUGUAUCUGUAUCAGGAUUUUAGGAUUCACUUAAAAACAGAAAUAUAAAAUUCAGUCAUUUAAAUUUCAAAACGUUUUAUUCCCUGAGUUCCAAUCUCAUACUGUUGAAAUAUCGAAAUAUUACGCAAAAAGAAGAAGAAGGAAUUACGAUUACGAUUCUCGAUAUUAGGUCAUUGUCAUAUACCAUAGUUCUAAUUAGAAUAAAAAAAAAUAUUUUCAAAGUUUCAUAUGUGUGUCAUGUAAGUAAACGUAUAGCAUGUAUAAGUACUUUGUGUGCAAACGUGCUCCACGUUUACCUACUUCUACCAACGCUUCACAAUACAACUAUCAAUGUAGUAUGUCUUAAUUGCAACAUUGGUUGAAGCGCCGCUUUGAGAUCAAGAGGUCCCCAGUUCAAACCCAGCACCAAACAUGGAGAAAAUUUUUAUCUAAGAAAAAGUUACGAUAUAAAUGAAUAAAAACACGAAAAA